CUGCUGUAGAGGGGCACGCGUUGCAUAGCUGUGGCAGCCAAGAGUGCCAGUUGAAGUCGGUGCUGUCUAGUUUUGAGUUUCUUGAGCUGGUGUUGGGGCCGGCGACAAGACCUCGGCAAGAAGAAAAGGCAACAAACAAUGGCGAGCUUGGAGGUGCGGCGGCGACCAGCAGACGAUGAUGCCUCCACCGCUGCUGCUGUGCCGCUCAAGACCGUGCUGAUGAAGAGCACCAAGCGUACGCUGGAUAUGUUCGUGGGGCAAGAGGGGGCGCCCCCUCCCACGUUCAUGGCAAGCCAAAAGAUCAAGGUGGCCAGCAAGAUCGCCGCCGGCUACGCCACCGUUAAGGACGGCGCGCCCAACGGCGUCCCGUCCGCAGCUGCUGCCCGCAUCGGGCACACAGCCGCUGCCGCCAACGGCUCCAACGGCGCUGCUGCUACUGCCGCAGCCCCGGCCCCGCCCGCAGAAAAGCCCCGCGAGACGGAAGUGACUCGAAUAAUCCAGAGGAUCGACGAAGAGAAGAUGGACAAGGCGCGGCAGCAGCAGGAGGCGAACCGGAGACUGGCCAAGGGAGGCGGCGCCGCCGCCGCAGACGGCAGCCUCGUCCUCUUCAACCCGAGCUCGGGAUCGGUGGGCGGCGGGGAAGGGAAGGGGGCGGCGAACCAGCUGGUCGUCUCCAGGAGAGCGGCGCCCUCGGCGCCGCGGCCGGAGUGGCACGCGCCCUGGAAGCUGUCCUCGGUGGUCUCGGCGCACCUGGGGUGGGUGAGAGCGAUCGCCUUCGACCCGUCGAACGAGUGGUUCGUGACGGGCUCCGCGGACCGGACGAUCAAGGUGUGGGACCUCGCGAAGGCGUCGGCGGGGGCGGAGAAGGCCCUCAAGGUGACCCUCACGGGGCACAUCAACUGCAUCCGCGGGCUGGCCGUGUCGCCCCGGCACCCGUACCUGUUCUCCGCGGCGGAGGACAAGAAGGUCAUGUGCUGGGACCUGGAGUACAACCGGGUGGUGAGGCACUACCACGGCCACCUGUCCGGGGUGCACUGCCUUUCCCUGCACCCGACGCUGGACGUGCUGGUGACCGGAGGGAGGGACAGCGUGGCGCGCGUCUGGGACAUGAGAACCAAGAAGCAGAUACACGCCUUGGGCGGGCACUCGAACGCCGUGGGCACGGUGCAGACGAACGCGGUGGACCCCCAGGUGAUCACUGGGUCGCACGAUUGCCAGAUCAAGCUGUGGGACCUGGUCGCAGGGAAGGCGAUGACAACCCUGACCCACCACAAGAAGGCGGUUCGCGCCGUGCAGAUGCACCCCAAGGAGUUCAGCUUCGUGUCUGCGGCCGCCGACAACAUGAAGAAGUGGCAGGGCCGAGACGGCAUGUUCCUGAACAACAUGUCGGGGCACAACACGAUUAUCAACUCCCUUUCGGUGAACGAGGACAGCGUCCUGGUGAGCGGCGGAGACAACGGGUCCCUCUGCCUGUGGGACUACGCCACGGGCUACAACUUCCAGCGCAUCGACACGAUCGCGCAGCCGGGGUCACUAGACGCCGAGGCGGGCAUCUUCGCCUCUUCUUUCGACGUUAGCGGUAGCCGGCUCGUGACCUGCGAGGCCGACAAGACGGUUAAGAUCUGGAAGGAAGACUUGGAGGCGACCCCGGAGUCGCACCCCAUCGACAUGGUGGCGUGGGCAAAAGACUACCAAGCCAGGAAACGGUAGUAGCUGGCGGCGGCGGCGGCGGGAGCGGAACGCAAGGCGGGCAGAGGCGUUCCCCUCUCCCGAAUGAUCUUUGGGGCUUGAGGUUUACAAGGGGGGGAGUCGGAUGCGGAGUAGGGGGGGGGGCAACUGCAGGGCUGCUGCGGAGGAGGGGAGGACAGCUGGCCGAUGGAGUUUACUCGGUGUGUUGUGUGCCUGUCGUCAGUACUGUUUUAAUUUGUUUGCUCUAGCAUGGGAAAACGCCGUGGAAAGGAAUUGUGGGAAUGCAGCGAAAGCCCAAAGCGAGCUUUCAUCGCUGCCGCUUUUUUAUGUAAUGGUGAUACGAAAUGUGGCUUUUGAGU